GGGAAGACCUUGAGUGCUACAACGAUUCUCUUCCGUAAACAAGCGGUCCUUUCCUCUUGGGAACACAUGUCUUAACACGUUAAGUCAGUUGAGUGGUUGUUUUGCAUUACUGAUGCUUAUUAGCGCUUGUGUUAAAAAUGGAGGUAACAUCAGACAGUCGAGACUUUUUGGACUCUCCUCCUGCUAAAACGGUUCGCUUCGGGGGCACCGUCGCGGAAACGUUAGCUAAACGUGAACGGGGGGACUCCUGUGACUACGAACUUCUGAAACGCCAGGUGUCUGAUCCUGAGAUAAAGGAUGGCCAGCUCAUCUCCUGGCUACAAGAGUUCCGUGGUUGUGUGACUCAUCUCACCAAGGACCACGAGCAGCUCAUCUACACCAUCUUGAGACUUCCGUGGAUGGCCCGGAGCCAAGCUGUGGUGGAGGAGUACAUGGCCUUCAUCAGUAGCCUGGUCUCAGCGCAGACAGUCUAUCUGUGUGCCUGCAUCAAGAUGGUGGUCUCCCACUUUACUCCCAAGAGAGUGACUAUCUGCGAGGGAGGGGUUGAUAUCUCGGAUUCAGAUGAUGAAGAUGAAAACCUCCCCAGAAACUUCAAUCUGUGUCACGAGGUGUUGCAGCUCAUCAUCAGAUAUGUUCCAAGCACGAGUCGCUUUCUGAUGCCCAUUCUGACGGAGAAGUUCCCCUUCUUGCAGAAAUCCUCCACAACGCUUGAGUGCUAUGUCCACAACCUCCUGAGGGUGACCAUAUACAUACCAUCCAUUCGGCGAGACGUGCUGGAGCUGAUCGUCGGAAAGAUGCUCAAACUGGACGUGGGUGCUCCCAAGUCCGACGUCGAGGAAGCAGAGUUGAAUGUAGUGCUGAAUCAGCGGACCGAGGAAGGACUCUUUGACAUGGAUGAGGACAUAUCAGCAGCUGCCCCCUCCAUGGCAACAGGGAUGGCCCACCCGGUGGCUGACAGGCUGGACAUGCUCAUGGUGGUUCUGAUGGCGUACAUCAAAGACGUCUGCCAUGUCGAUGGCUUUCUUCAUGUGGAAAAGACGAAGGAUCUGUACAGAGAUUUGUUGAGUGUAUUUGACAAGCUCAUCCUGCCAACUCACGCUUCCUAUCACGUCCAGUACACACUGUUCUACCUAUGCAGCUUCAGAAUGGCAUUGGCCGAGGCCUUCUUGGAUCACCUGUGGAAAAUUCUGCAGAGUCCUUCUCAGCCUGCUGUUCUCCGCCAGGCGGCUGCCGGAUACCUGGGGAGCUUCCUGGCCCGGGCCAAGUUCGUCCCUGUGCUCACCGUGCGGUCCUCUCUGAACCUGCUCAUCGCCUGGAUCCAUCGCUACAUCGACACCCAGGACGGCAGCGACAGGCCGGCUUGCUGUGACAUCAGCCUGCACGGGCCCUUCUACACCGCCUGCCAGGCCGUCUUCUACACGCUCAUCUUCAGACAUAAAGCCAUGCUGGAGGGCGACAUGAAGAAAGGUCUGGACUACCUGCAGAGUCUCAACCUGGAGCGGGUGGUGACGUGUCAGCUGAACCCUCUCAAAGUGUGCCUGCCGGCAGUCACCAGCCUGUUCGCUGCCAUCAGCAGGAUGUAUCAGGUGGUGUUCUGCUACAACAUCAUAGAGAGGAACAACCGCCACAUGCUGCCGGUGGUACGCAACUCUGCAGGAGGAGAUAGUGUGACCACCAACACCAACCCUCUGGACAGCUUCUUCCCCUUCGACCCCUACCUGCUCAAGAGGUCUGUUAAGCUGAUUGAGCCGCUGUACCAGGUCUGGGAGGAAGAAGCCGACACGGAGCAGCUUCCCAUCAAAACAGAACAACAGGGCUCGAGGGGGGACGACGAUGACUUCCUGUUUGGAGAGACGCCCCAGACGGAGAGCAUCGUUGGGAUGACACCCAGCUCCUACGACUCGAGCCUCCACAGCCCUAGCUGAGGGUGUGCUCACCCCCUCACCUUCCAGGGACCCUGAUGAUGUACAUGAUAUUUUAUUUAAGGUGCCAAUACCAACUGAAGAGCACAUAAACACUUGACGAGACACAACAGAGAACUCCUAGUUCUCACAGUUUGAUGCAAACUUUUUUAUGUUAUGAUUAAUCACAUUCAAAAACAUGAUCACAGAGAGCCCCAAAGUAUUAUCAGGUCUUAGAUCAAUGCUACACUCUUCUGGUUCUGAGUCCAGUCAACUCAAAUGACUUAGCUUGAUAAGGUGGUACAUUGUAUUGCCAGUAGAAUGAUGCCCGUGGGGAAAGGUAAGAAAAGGAAAAGAAAGGGCUGUGUUUUCCCCCUGGAGCUAUUGAUUACCAAAGAGUAUCAAUGGCACUUGUGUGCAGUAACUGUCCCCAGUAUCGGAAAGAGCAUGUUGUGUAGUGGUGUUUGCAGAUGAAAGUUAUUAGAUCAGAGUAUUAUUAUACUCUUAUUCUAAUAACUGCUUUUAGUUAGUUGGACUUUUAAUUCACUUUAUUAUUGUUUUCUUCUCUGUAUGGAUUGGGUAUCUGUUCCUAAAUCCCUGCCCCACAAGGACCUCUCUCCCAUCAGAUCACUGUGGGCCAUUUCACAACUCAGUUCUUCUUCACACAUGUCAAGAGGGAUGAGUGCAUGUAAUUAGUAGAGAAUCUGGUCAAUUUUCAAAAUAAAACAUUUUUCAGUAAA